AUGUCAAUCAAUGUUAUCAUACCAUACAAGACUCAGAUUGAAAUCGAUGAGGCUAAUCCACUCUUUGAGAAGCUUCACCUAGAGAAUAACAUUAAUUUCAUUAAUUAUGAAAUAUCAACUCCGGAGUCCUUUAAACAAUAUUUACAAAUAGAACCAGUUCAUUGUAUCUGGAUCACAGAGGAUUUCUUCACCUAUUUGGAAGGGAUAAAUCCAUAUUGGGACUAUUUGCCCAGCUGUUUAAGAGCAAUUGUUGUGCCAUGGGUCGGUUGCGAUUUCGUUGAUAUUAAACGAUUAAGGGAAGAGAAAGAUAUUACGAUUUGUAACAUUGGUCCCAAUGCCAAUGACAAUGUCAGUGAUCUCUGCAUGUACCUUGUCAUUUCAACCUUCAGAAUGUGUUCAUUCUGGGAAUUUUGUAUAAAAUUCAUGGAGAUGGGUAAUAUAAUGGGUACUAGAGAGUACAUUGGUUCUUCUGUAAGUGAAACUCAAGACAUGCAAGUAGUAUCCCAAAACGGUAGCACAGAGUUGAGAACUAGUUACAAAAUACCAAUAAAGAAGGACCAUACUAAGAAGAUAAACGUCGUGAAUAGUUUCACAGUUGGAGGAAAAAGUGUUGAUUCACCAACAGGUAAAAUAGCUUUAAUUCUUGGGUUUGGAUCCAUUGGACAAACUAUUGGAAAUAAGUUGAAAUUAGCAUUCAAUAUGGAAAUUCAAUACCACAGGAGAUCCGGCCCAGUUUCUUCAAAAUUGUUGGGUUAUGAAGCUAAAUAUCAUGAGUCAUUGGAAGAUCCUGAAACUUGGCAAGAAGCGGAUAUUAUCAUAUUAGCAUUGCCUGGGGGAGAUACCACUGCAAAUAUAAUUAAUGAUAAAACAAUUAAAAUGUGUAAAGAUGGAGUCAGAAUUGUUAAUGUCGGGAGAGGAACAUGUAUAGAUGAAGACGCCUUAUUGAGACAUUUAGAUAGUAAUAAGAUCGCUAGUUGUGGACUAGACGUAUUUAAAAGUGAAGAGACUACAAUUAAGAAAGAAUUUUUACAAAGAUGGGAUGUUACAGUACUACCACACAUUGGAAGUGCAGUGUCUGAUAUUAUGAAACGUUCCACUGAGAUAACUUUACAAAAUAUCGAGAGCUUAUUUGUAUAUGGAUACGACGGUAUCUACCCGCUAAAUUAG